CAGCUGAAUCCUACUCCCUGACAAUGUUUUCAUCACUUGUUUAGUUAUUUACUGCAGGAAUUACUGCAAAUAAUGGUACCUCCACCGGUGGUGACCGGGCUCUCCCCCAAUGAAGGCCCUCAUGGCACACGAAUAACAAUUAGAGGAGAAAACUUCGGAACAAAACCCACAGAUCUAAUAGGAUUGAGAAUUUGUGGUUUUGACUGCCUGCUAUCAGCAGAAUGGAAAUCAUCCACAAAAAUCAUAGCAAUAUCGGGUCCCUGCAAGGGUACAGGAGAUGUAAUCAUCACCACAAGAAUAGGUGGUGAGGGUACCUGCAAUGUUUCUUUCAAAGGCUACUUUGAGAAAACAAUUGGCCCUAUGAAAGACAGUUCAGUAUGGGUUGAAGAAGCACCUCUUUUUGUAUGGGGCAGACACUCCUUAUCACCCAGUAGUUAUCAACAGGAGGAUCCACUGGGUCUAUCAGUAGAAGGAAAUGAGAAGAAGUUUCCAGAAGAUGAAUUAAUUGAACAUUUUCCCAACUCAUCAGGGGAUAUUUCAUCAGAGAACUUUUCUCCUGGAUGGUUUUUGUUGGAAAAUCAUCAUGUUACUUCUUUUGAUGAUUUGCAAGCAGGUAUGGUACAUCUAAGGAGGAAGGUAGAUGGGCAGAAAGAAGGACAAUUAUCUUUUCUAAAAGCAAAUAUUUCAUCUGUCAUUGACCAAUUGGACACUACAAUGAUCCUGGAUGAGAAAUUCAAAAAAGAUGCAAGAAUACAAGGACCAGAACCAACUUUAACACUGGAAAAAGCAAUCAAAGAAUCGGAACGUGAAGCAAGAAAACUAUUCGAUGAUGUCUUAACACGUCGUGAUCGCGCUGAGAAGACCCGAAACGCACUGAAUGUCCUAUCACGUUUCCGUUUUCUCUUCUGUUUACCCUGCGUAAUCGAACGCAAUAUAAAGAAAGGCGACUACGAUAUCGUUAUCAAUGACUACAUGCGCGUUAAAAAUCUAUUUAAUAAGAGUGACGUGCCUAUAUUCAAAAUGGCGCUGGUAGAAAUUGAACGACGUGUUGCUUUGCUCCAAGAAAUGUUGCACAGCAAACUAACACGCAUGCCAAUCUCAGUCGAAGAACAAAAACGCCUCAUUCGGCAUUUGGUUAACCUGGAAGCAGCCUAUGAACCAGCAUGGGACGCUAUACAAAGCCACAACGAUUAUUUAAACAAACGCGUUAAAGAAUGCUACACAGAGCAUAAACACGCCGAAGAAGCCACCCUGGAUGAGAGUAAAAUAAAAGGCAGUGGUAAUAAAUUCGCAAAAUUCAAUAACACGCCACAAGAUAUGACAGGAGUGCCGGAAUCUGUCUUAUUCGUUGAAGAUCUAUGCGAAAUUGUCUCGCAAUUAUUCCCUAAUCUAUGGAAACUUGGUCAGAGUUACUUCACUGGCGAAUUACACGUAAAAAUAGAACCUGGCAGACAAGUGGAGUUCAAACACAUUGUGCUUGCAAUUAUGGAGAUGUUUUGCAAAACAUUACGCGCUGCAAUUAUUCCACAUACUUUAGAUAAAAACUAUGACAAAGCAACGUUCGGAUCAUGGGCGCAGAGUGAUACAGAACUUGUAAAACCGUGGCUGCCGGCUUGCUUACGUCACGUGCGUGCAACCUACGCCAUUUUGAUUAAGUUGGACUUACCCAAUGAAGCGCUGGAUAUUGUAUUCACAUUUAUACUUGAUUUGAGGAUUUACUGUAUGAAUAUUCUAUUUAAACAAGCCGCGGAACAAAUUGAACAGUUGUCGAAGCAAGAAACAUGGCGGAUUGAAUUCAAUGGCAAACACAAUGGUAUUACUGAAUUACCGAUUAAAUUCGAGCAGGCCGUGCAGGAAGUGAUCCAAAUAAUCAGGGAAUCUGUGUUGACAAGUGAACAACGCGAAGGUUCAUUGUUGGAUAACCCCACAGCGCAUAAAGAGCUUGAUAAUCAAGUCGACGCAUUAUUGGGAGUAUUCCACAAGGUUUUAGCGAAUUUAGCUGCGAAAGAAGAGAACGAAGAUGACGAUUCUUCGCCGGUGGUGUCGCAACUUAUUGGUACACCUGCGAAUUAUCGAAACAACGCCAACAAGAAAACACUGCCAACGUGGGAGAAACGAUUACUUACUUCAUUGGCUAAUUGUCAGUAUACUCGACAAGUUGUUCUGAAAAAUUUAGAAGAGAGUUUCGCGAAGAGUGGUUAUCCUGUUCCAAAGCAAGCAUUUGAAAACUGCGCAUCUAAGUUAGAAUCAUUGGAGAAAUCUGUCCUGGAGUAUUAUUUAGAAGAAAAAAGUGAUCCGCUUGUGGGAACUAUUGAACCGUCGAUGUAUUUGGAACGUUUUGAUUGGGAUACGAAUAUUACACCGAAAGAUAUUCGUCCGUACGCGAAAGAAUGCAUAAAUAAUUUGAUACAUGUGCAUUGUGAGGUGAAUUGUAUCUCGCCUGCGUUGGUAGACAGUGUUUUACCACAAGUUGUGCAGACAAUCGCUGAGGAAUUGUAUAGAUUGAUGGAUUGCGUGCGGAAUUUCAGCACGGCAGGCAUUCAACAAGCCACGGCGGAUAUUCGAAUGUUACGCGAGGUUUUCCAAGGAUAUUUAACAUCGGAAGCGAAAUUUUAUUUUGAUGAAGCUUUGGCCGCCAUUCCACGACUUGAAAACCCCGGUGAUAAAACGAUCGUUGAAGAUAUCAUCAUCAAGUGUAAACAACGCAUGCGAUUGCAAUUGUUAUGUCUGCAACCGAGAAAUGUAUAAAUAGUUUCGAUAUUGUAACCAGUUGUAACCGUUUUUCUGAAGUAUAAAUUAUGUCAAACUAUUGAAAGUUUUCAAAGUCCGAAUCAAUCCGGUCUGUCACGAAUGUAGUGCGCAUGUGCUGUAUGCAUACUGGUGCGUGAUUCGUUGCGCAUACCGCCUGCAUACUCGUAACCCAGUUCUAUUUCCGAACAUUUUCUGCAGUGGAAAUUAAAAUACGUGAACGGCUUCCACACGCGCAAAAUGUCGAAACGAGUGUGUCCUUUUGAAGAUCACUGUGAGCCGCAAAGGAAACAGCAUGUCGCUACGCGUGACAUCGACUUACGCGACGAGUCAUACAGAAAAAGUAUCUAUGAUAAAACCCUAAGUUUACUCUUUGCCGGUAUGAAUAACAACAAUGUGUUAUCACCAACAGGGGUGGCACUCUCCGAUGCAAAUGCUAAUUUACCUCCUGCUCAUCGAUUGUGUGUGGAAUGCAAUGAUAUUAAAUUCAUCCAAGGGAAUUGCUGGUUUUGUGAGGUGUCCUUGUGUCCAGAGUGUAUAAAAAGCUGCAGUAUAUGUUCUGAACAAUUUUGUUCCAGGUGUUGUGUUGCCAUAUUUAAAAAUGGAAACAACUACUGUUGCCUUACAUGUUACUCAUAGAUAUGUUAUAAAUUUUCCCUGAGAAUUGUUUAGCCUGUAAGAAUUAGCUAAUUUAUAUUUGUUUUUCUACUUUGUAAUCUGUUAAAUUAGUUUAAAUUGUGGCUGCUUCACACCCCGCGCUCCCGUUUGUGAAGAGGACUGAUAUUUUGUAUAAAUUUGCUGUGAUUGAGAGACGA